AUGCCUCUCCAUCUGCUGGGCAAAAAGUCCUGGAAUGUUUACAAUGCAGACAACAUCGCCCGUGUCCGCCGAGAUGAGGCCGCCGCGAAGGCCAAAGAAGAGGCCGAGGAACAGCGCAUGCAAGAAAUUGAUGCAGAGCGCCGCCUAGCCAUCCUAAGAGGUGAAGAGCCACCGUCUCUGCCCCCAACAGAGACACUUGAAGAUGAGACACGGCCUCGGGACCGCGAUGCCGUGCCCAUCGGUAGAGAGAGGAAGAAGCGUAAGCGGGUGGGCGAGGACGACACGGAUUUUGAGUUACGUGUCGCGAAAGAACGCGCAGCUACGGUGCAGACUGCCACCCAAACGCUGCGCAAGUCGACGAGUUCUGCGCCCAUCGUCGACAACGCCGGCCACAUUGACCUCUUCGGUGAAGAACGCAAACAGGGCCGCCAUUUGAAGAAUGAAGAAGCCGAGAAGGAGGCCGCCAAGAAGAAGAAGGAACUAGAAGACCAAUACACCAUGCGGUUUUCGAACGCUGCAGGUAGGGACGGGCUAGUUGGUCCUUGGUAUGCAACUUCUGGGGCUAUAUCAGAACUCGAACCCCCGAGUAAGGAUGCAUAG